UGAUCGUGGAAGCACUUGUUGAGAUGCAGCCUCUUGUCAGCCUGGGCACUAAAGGAGGAUUGGAGUGGCUGAUGAAACAAGCCGGCAAAACUUGAAGUUGUGAUCAGAGAACAGAAUACUUGAAUUAGUGAUUUUGCAAGGUGGAACUGUAGGGAUAAGUGGAUGAGGCAGUCUGGAGGGUGAAGGCAGUCAGAAAUGAAGUGGUCAAGGAACUUGGAGACCUUCUGCAUCUCUGUAACCCCGAAGGCCUUAAUUUAUUGCAGCCUUGUUCAAUAGUGAUGAUCCUUGGACUUAAGGAAAUGGCUCUUAAAAUGUAAGUAACAGAUGCGGGUGAAAGAGCCAUCCAAAGCUUUACCUGAGAAAGCCAAAAGAAGUAAAAGGCCUACCAUACCUCAUGAUGAAGACUCUUCAGAUGACAUUGCUGUAGGUUUCACUUGCCAACAUGUAAGUCAUGCUAUCAGUGUGAAUCAUGUGAAAAAAGCAAUAGUUGAGAAUCUGUGGUCAGUUUGCUUGGAAUGUUUAAAAGAAAGAAAAUUCUAUGAUGGACAGCCAGUACUCCCUUCUGAUAUUUGGUUGUGCCUCAAGUGUGGUUUUCAGGGAUGUGGUAAAAACUCAGAAAGCCAGCAUUCAUUGAAGCACUUCAAGAGUUGGAGAGCAGAGUUUCAUUGUAUUAUAAUUAGUCUGAGCACAUGGAUCAUUUGGUGUUAUGAGUGCGAUGAAAAAUUAUCAACACAUUGUAAUAAGAAGAUUUUGGCUCAGAUAGUUGAUUUUCUCCAGAAACAUGUUUCUAAAACACAAACAAAUGCAUUUUCUAGAAUCAUAAAACUUUAUGAAGAAAAAUGUGAAACAGGUGAAAAAAAGGGAAGAAAAGACAGCAGUGUAACAUCUGUAAAAGGAAUUACAAAUUUAGGAAAUACUUGCUUUUUUAAUGCAGUCAUGCAGAAUUUGGCACAGUCUUACAUUCUUACUGAACUGAUGAAUGAGAUCAAAGAACACGGAACAGAACUCAAGAUUGUUCCUUCCUCAGACUCUCCGCUGGACCCAUUAGUGGUGGAACUUUCAAGCCCUGGACCAUUGACCUCAGCCUUGUUCCUGUUUCUUCACAGCAUGAAGGAGACUGAAAGAGGACCACUUUCUCCCAAAGUUCUUUUUAAUCAGCUUUGUCAGAAGGCCCCUGGAUUUAAAAGUUUUCAACAACAGGACAGUCAGGAGCUUCUUCAUUAUCUGCUCGAUGCAGUGAGGACAGAAGAAACAAAGCGAAUACAAGCUGGCAUUCUCAAAGCAUUUAACAACCCAACUACUAAAACUGCUGAUGAUGAAACUAGAAAAAAAGUCAAAGCAUAUGGAAGAGAAGGCGUGAAAAUGAACUUCAUAGAUCGUAUCUUUAUUGGUGAAUUAACUAGCACGGUCAUGUGUGAAGAAUGUGCAAAUAUCUCCACAGUAAAAGAUCCUUUUAUUGAUAUUUCACUUCCUAUAAUAGAAGAAAGGGUUUCAAAACCUGUACUUUUGGGAAGAAUGAGUAAAUAUAGAAGUUUACAGGACACAGGUAAUGGUCAAUACAGUGGCCCUAUUACUAUAGAAAAUACUCAUCAACCUAGAGCCACCAAGAAGCAUACUUCAUCUAAAGAUAAGAAUCAACUAAUUCAUGGCAGAAAACGUACAAGAAAAUUGUCAUCUGGAGACGAUAAAGCUGUUGUCAUAUACCAGAAAAAUGAAAACCUUGAAAUGAAUAGAGACUCUUCAUUGUUCGCAAGCGUCGUGAACACUGAGUCGACUCUGACUGAAAGCCCUACCGACGGCAGUGAACAAGAAGCCAGCCUUUCUGAAAGUAGUGUUGAUGCUGACAGUGAGGCUUCAGAGUCCGAAAGCGCUCCUAAGCAGACUUUGUUGUUGAGGUCCAGCAGUGGAUACUAUGUGCACACAAAUGGACACCUUCGCCCUCCGUCAGAGAGUGAACCACUCACCAAGGAGGGUGACGGUGGUGAUGAGGGAGUGGCUGAAGCUAUUUCUGAACUUCAUUUGAGCAGCACUGUGACUGGAGAUAGGGAUUUUGACAGAGAAAAUCAGCCACUAAACAUUUUGAAUAAUUUGUGUUUUUCAGAGGGCAGGCAUAUGGUGUCUCACAGCCCCCAAAAUGCUUUUCAGACCCUUUCUCAGAGCUAUAUAACCACUUCUAAAGAAUGUUCAAUUCAGUCCUGUCUCUAUCAGUUUACAUCUAUGGAAUUACUAAUGGGGAACAACAAGCUUCUGUGUGAGAACUGUACUGAAAAGAAACAGAAGUACCCAAAGGAAACCAGUUCUGCAGAAAAGAAAGCAGGAGGGGUUUAUACUAAUGCCAGGAAGCAAUUGCUCAUUUCUGCUGUUCCAGCUAUCCUAAUUCUCCAUCUUAAAAGAUUUCAUCAGGCUGGCUUGAGUCUUCGCAAAGUAAACAGACAUGUAGAUUUUCCACUGACACUUGACUUAGCACCAUUCUGUUCUGCUACUUGUAAGAAUGUAAGUGUGGGAGAUAAAGUUCUCUAUGGUCUCUAUGGCGUAGUGGAACAUAGUGGCUCAAUGAGAGGAGGCCACUACACCGCUUACGUGAAAGUGAGAACACCCUCCAGGAAAUUACUGGAACAUAUCACUGGAAAGAAAAAUGUACCUGGUUUGAAAGAACCUGAUAGUGAAUCAGCAGGCCAGUGGGUCCAUGUUAGUGACACUUAUGUGCAGGUGGUUCCAGAAUCAAGAGCACUUAGCGCACAAGCGUACCUUCUUUUUUAUGAAAGAAUAUUAUAAUUAUUUGUUAAUUGUUAAUGGUAAUGAUUAUUUAGAUCACUUUUAUUUAAAUGCUGCAGCGAUAACCAUUAUAUGCAAUGUGCCUUUGUAGUCUUUUCUGUAGGAAUAGCCUGUCCCUCAAAUGCUCCUGAACAUGUUUACCAUUUUGGUGAAUCCUUUUAAAGUAAAUUAAAUUUACUAAAUGCUUUCAAAAUUAUAUUCUUAAAAUAAAUGUAAACACAUGUUUUUAAAAACGUAUUUGUCCUGGAAAAAACCCCCAGAAUUUACAGUAGUAGAGGAAACUCCUUUAUAAUGUGGCUUAUUAUUAUAAGCGUUCAGAAAUGAUGCUGGCUAAGUCAGAUCAUUCCUUAAAACAGUGUUUCCCAAAUGUGAGUCAAUACCACCUUUCUGUUUUCAUAUAUAUGUGUAUAUAUGUCUCCUAUGCGAUUGUUUACUUAUUAUUUUUAAGCUUAUUUUUUAGCCUUUUUAAACCAUAGUCUUAUUUUGAGCACGUUCUACAUUUUAUGUGCUAGUUACAUUUUUUUCUAAUAAACAUUAAAAUAAAUAUAUAACUAAAGAAAAGUUGCUCAUUCAUGUAGCACUUCACUAAAAAUCAUCUCAGGGCUAUCCAGUGGUAUAUUACACUGCUGUGUGGGACACAUUGCUAUAACAUAUACUUACACAAUUGGCAUACUGACCUUGUCAUAUUUUGUAUGAUUCAACCAUAUAAAAAGGUAGCACUGUAGCUUCAGUAAUAUGGAUUUACAAAUAAUAUACUGGUUAGCUUAUUGCUUUGAGGUUUUGAGAACUGGAAAAAUACUGAAAUAUUUUAUCAACAUAUUAUUUGCAGCCUAUUCAUGAUGGAGUUGAGAAUAAUUUGCAAGUGAUUAGCCAAAGUCAAAAUAUAUUUAUAGAUAAUUGUUACAUGCAGAAUUGGUAAAUAGAAGUCAUUAAUCCAUAUGGGACCAUAGGAUACCUUUGACAUGUAAAUUACCAAAUCAUAUUUGUAAACGAUAGAGAAUUCUAUUCUUAUUAUGCUUAAUAGGAAAAUGUAAUACAUUUUCUAGUUCUGUAGAUCAGUAAAUAUUAAUCAUGGUUUUGGGGUUUUGAGAUCACCUUUUGUCUUUAGCAAGCAUCAUCAGUAAGUUCAAAUAGGUUUAGUUUUUAUUUUAAUGGAGCAUAAAGUUGGCAUUUUGGAUUUUCUUUUAAAAUAAUUAAUAGCAAACAUAUGGUAGUUUUACCCCCCUAGAAAACAAAUUAUUAAGCUGUCAAAACUUGGCCUGAAAAUGUUACCAUUACUUAGGCUUAAAUUUUUAAAAAUUGACUACUUCGGUGUUACAUUAUUAAAUCAAAACACAUAACGGCAUGGUUCAAGCAUCCUAAUCAUGAGGGCUAACGAAUGAUAGUACAGGCAGAUGCUGGGUAAGUGCCUGCUCCUAGUUCAUCCUCCUCUUGUUAAGGAAGGAUAAGAAUAACGGCUGUAGUUAAUGUGUGGAAAUAUUUAACGAAGACUCUCACCCUUCUUAAUAUUUAAGUAUGUGUAAUAUUAUCAAGGUUACCAGUGCUGCCUUUUGAUAUAUGGAUGAAUGGAAUUGUGAUUAGUGUUAAAGAUGGUAAUAAUGUAAGAAAUUCAGAGCUUAAAAAUGUCAUUGCAUAAAUUGUAUUUUUAAGCUGUUGAAAUUUCAAUAAUAGUGAUUUUCUUGAUUUUUAACAGUGAAAUGAUGGAGAAAUGUAUCUUUAUAAGUUAACAUGUAAACUCAGGUUGUGUCCUGUAAAAGGUAAACAGUGUUUAAAGUGUUUUCUGUUUAAUUGUAAUCUGUUAACAUUGAAGACUUCAGUACCAGAGAGAGCAGUGAAAUUUUUUGAAAACUAUUAGUUAAUCCUCUUUAUUCAAGUCAGCUGUCUUGGUAAUGACAAUUACCAUCCCCUCCCCCAAAUGUAAAUAUUAAAUUGUCUCAUUUUUCUCCUAGAAAAGAUACCAUUAAGAGGCAUGCACUUUUCAUUGGAUGGUCACCUGCUUCUUAUUUCAUUGAUAGAUGGAUAGAUGAAAGAGAGAAAGAAAGAGGGAAAGGAAGCAAGAAAGAAGGGAAAGAAACAAGACCAUUCUUUUCUGUUGCCUCUUGGCUUAUCCCUUACAGAGUUAAGUAGAGAUGGUAAGUGAUAGGUGAGGGCAAGAAUCAAGGAAAGUGCCUAGUUCCUCUUUUCGUUGGAUGCCAGGAAAUGAACUAGUGCUAAAUUUAUCAGAUUAGGAGAUCUUUUAAGCUUUAUUCUGAAUACCAGUUAAGACUGAUUUUUCAUUAAGUGAGUGAUGCAUUGUAGCUUCAGAACAUUACCUCAGUACUCAAAUACUACAGUAGUUUUUAUGCUUAACUUCACAUUUAUUCAUUAAGUAUAUAUUUAUUGAACAUCUACUAAGGGUCAGGCCCUGGGCUGACACUGUUUUAACAUGUUUUAAAAUGAAGAGGCCUGUGUAAGUUUUAGACAUUAUUCUAGAAGUAAUAAGAUACUUUUAUUUUCAUUUCCACAGUGUUAAAUGAGUUAAUUCUGAAAUCUGUUUUUUUAUGGCCUAAAGUCUAUGAAUGCUUUGCUUGUCCAGGUCUGCUGGUAAUGGAAUAAAUUUGAUUUUGAGAUCUAAGAAUUUCCUAAAGAUAGCUUUUGUAAUAGAGAAAGUAUGUUAAGUUACACAUGGAUCUACAUUUAAAUUUUUGUUUUUAUUUUGAAUAUUUCCAAAGCACAUUUGCAGGGGUACUAAAUUGUGAGCUACUUUAGUAACAGUGGCUUCCAGAUGACCUCAGGAAACAGUACAAAUCAGUGAGAAUGUUUACAGAUCCUCAAAACAACUACUAUAGUGUUUGGCGAAAUGAAUUUAAGAAGUAAAACAGGAGUUUAACUAGCUUUAUUUAGAAACUGGUUUAUAUCUAACCUCGGGUUCCCCUAGUUUUUCCGUGUUUAAAAUGAUAAAUUUUUGACUAUGUGCCAAUUAUGUGAAUAUUUUUGACAUAACCAAAUGUAUGUUUAUAUUUAAGAUUUUGUCAUUUAAUGUUUUUAAAACUGAUGUGAAGGCCACCUUUUUGAGUGGCCAGGGAGAGUGGUGUCAGUUCUAAGAGCAGUUGAUACCUGUUUUCUUAUUGUAAAUGUGCCAACAAAACUAUUUUACUAUGAUAUGUAUUUAAGAGCUCUUAGUUUGCAUGUUUGACUUUAGUCAAUGAUUUUAUAUGAUUUCUGAAUAAAAUUUCCUGAGGAUUAAGCUGUGAAGUAUAUCACCUUCAUCUAAUUGUUGAGGUAUAAAAUAGUAUCUUGCCUACUUUUAUUAAAUUCAUACUCAUAAUUUGUCUGCAUGCUACCUGAAAAAAUAAGCCUAAACCAGAUAUGUUAAUGUGCAAUAAAAGUGAUUCUUUAUAUAUUAUCUGCUGCAUUAAGAAAGACUAUUUUUAGAUAUUUAAAAUGUUCUGGUUCAUGUAGAAAUCCAUCAAUUCAAAUCUAUUUAAAAGAUAUAUGACUAUAUUUUUAAUUUUGAGUAAUAUUGAUUAUAUAUCAUUCCUACCAUUUUAUCUUUUUUUUGCAGUGUUUUUGGAAAAUAGCUAUGUAACUUAUGGAGCAUUAUUUUGAUGUUACUGUAUAAACAUGCAUAAAAUGUUAAAUUCAUAUUUACUUUACGUUUCAA